GCUCCCCGCGGCCCUCGGGGCUCGGCUGCCCCGAGGGGCCCGGCGGUGCGGGGCUGUGCGAGCCGGGGGCUCGGCCGGGAGACCCGCGCUGGGUUCUGCCCCGGCCCCCGUCACAGCUCGGGGCGAUACGCGCGGGCCUUGGCCUAGCGGGGCAGUGCGUUCGGGAGGGUUUGCAGUGAGAGUGUUUUGCAGCGGGGAAGGCUGCGUUAGUGCAGUACCCCAGUCCCAUGGAUAAGCACGUCAUGGCUGUAGAAACAGUGGAAGAGAAAACAGAUUUGUCUACAGGGAUUAUUUACCGGAGGAGAAUUGCAACGUGCAAGAAUGUGAUUCCUGAAAUCCUGAGAAAGGUCAGUGCCUUAAAAGUGCCCGACAUCUACCUGGAAGAGGAAUCUUGGCUUAAUAUGCAGAAAAGAAAUAUGUCUAUGAAAACUCACUGUCUCACAUGGACACAGUAUGCGUCCCUGAGCGAGGAGUCUGUCUUCAGAGAGAGCUUGGAAAACCCGAAUUGGACAGACUUCACACAAAAAGGCAGAAUAUCGGUUACGGGGGCCGGUUUGCUCAACCGUGUGUUGGAAGCUUUCGCUCAGUCAUUCUUAAAGCAAGGCGUGAAGAAGGAGAAAAUGCAUCUGUGUAGUUUCCUUGGAACAGCGUAUCUUCAUUGCCAUCGGAAUUCUGUGGCUGUUAUCUGAACUUUGCUGGUGCCAUUUUAUUGAGGAAAGAGAAUUUAAUGUGCAUAGGAGAAAAAGACUGUAGACUGCAAACCUGUUACAGAAGACUAAGGAAUCAUACUAUUUAAGGGAAUGUUGAUCUUGAAAAUCAUGGAGAAACAAACGCAAGCUUGGAAGCAGCAGCAUCUUGUGAAUUUGUUCUACAAUCUCUAGAGACUAAGCCUUCGAUAAGGGAACGCAGAACAAUAAAAUAAAAUAGCCCUUGUUGCUAUGAAGAGACCCUUGUCUCGUCAACCAGUUGCUUUGCAUCUUAUCAAGGGAGGUGCAAGCACGCCCCGUGUGCUGUUUAUUUCACAGCUUAAUUCUGUGGGGUAGAGACUUCAUUGUACAAAAAUGAAGCUCAACUUCAACAGCGGAGUAGGGUUACUAUUCCCUGCUUGAGUCAACAUUGCUCAUUAUUUCAGCCCUGCUUGCUGUGUUGGAAAUGUUUGGUUAUUAUGCUCCUGCCAGUGUGAUUAUUUUCACUUGUAAGACAUGCCUCAAUACAAGUUUUAAAUUACAUACAUCUGAAUUCUUUCAGGAAGUAUUUUUCUCCUGUUGCAUCUGAACAGGGGAAGAAAGUCGUAGGAAGACUGGUGAAGUGCAAGAAAAGUUCCCAACAGUGUCUCAUUUGCUUUUCUUCCUUUUGUUAUGUGCACUGCAACAGAAUAGUUUUAUUUCUAAACUAUCUUUGAAAAUUCAGGUAAGCACAGACCAGCUUCGAUACCUUUACUGAAGUUGGUUGACACCACACUUGAAUUCAGAUGCCUUGAAUUCAGUGUUCUUUGUGGAGAUUCGAGCCCAUUAGCUGACUGCCAUAAAGCAGAAGGGCCAGCUUCAUUUUUGGGGGCAGGUUGGGUGUUGUUUUCUCAGAUGCGAUGUGAACCCUGGCUGGGCUCUUCCCUUCGCUGCACCCGGGUGCGGUGUGGCACUGCCAGGCGUGGUGCCGUGGGCAGCGCGUGGCUCAGCUGCCUGGCCCGGGGGGCUGCGGCUGCGGGGCGAACGCUGGCCCCUGCCUUGGGAUGAACGAGAUGAGACCUGGGCCUUUAUGAUGGACGGAUUUUUUAUUGGCACAGCAGAACAAGAUACUUCCCUUUUUCCUUCUUAUUUUGGUUGGUAACUGGCUCCUGUGAGUUUAGACUCUGGAUGCCAAAUGGUACAUAUUUAUGAAACGUAAAGGCCAAGACUAAAUACAUUCAUUAACAUAUUUAUUCUUCUUGAAUUACUGCUUUGUGUGCCUGAGGAAACUAUCAAAUUACUUCCUUUUUAGUUACAAAGAACAAUUUUAGGAGUAACCUUUUUAUUCUUGUAGUGCUAUGGAUUUUGGGAUUAGGAUAGUAAGCAUAUGCAUUCUCCCUCCGCCCUGAAAGUCUGAGUAGUAUGUGAGUAAUAAAAGUCCAAUGAAAUCCA